AUGCAGUCGUCCUCUACUGUCGAAACUGAUGCUACACCAACUCCAACGGUGCCUUCUCCAACGGUGUCGCCGCCAUCAUCUACAUCGACUUAUGAGAGUGUACUAAGCCUUCCUCUUGUUGUCGACUUAUCUCUUCCGGUUGAAGCUACAUCCAUCGUCCCACCUCAAACAUCAUUGCGUCAUUCUCAGCCACCGUCACAACAUCCAAUGCUUACUUGCUCUCGUGACGGUACAAGAAAGGCUAGGACUUUCCUUGCUACGAAGGACCCUAUUCCACGUGCAAUCCAAGCUCCGAUUUUAUACUUUGAUUUUUUCAUCUCGAUUUGCUUUGUCUUCCGUGCUCGGGCUAAGCCCUUGCCUUGCUUUUCUCCCGUCACCUCUGGCUUGGCUAUCUGCCUUUCCGACCAACUCAUAUGGUAG